GGGUAUCCAAUCAUCUACGGUCACGCGCGAACGGAACACCCUCAACCUUUUGCUUUUUCAGUUACUAACUUAAUAAUACCUUCAACCGAAGCCAUCUGUUCCAAACCUUCUCUGAUUCUGCCAGCGCCAGGCCCCCUCGCCAAUUGGCGGCAACAAGGAAUCGUCUCUUUAUCCUUGUCACCAACCCGAAGUUUCCUUAUCCUUUUUAUUUAGAUCCAUUUGGUUUUUGCCUACUCUGAUUGUUUAGAUCUAUUUUUAUUUGGCCCCAUGAGUCGCUACGAUUCAAAUCCUUUCGAAGAAGAAGAGGUCAAUCCCUUCGCGAACUCAGGCACAGUCCCUUCUGCAACAUCUAAGCUCUCACCCCUUCCUCCUGAGCCUUAUGAUCGUGGAGCAACUAUCGAUAUUCCUCUAGAUUCCUCAAAGGAUGUAAAGGCAAGAGAGAAGGAGCUUCAAGCUAAGGAAGCUGAAUUGAGAAGAAGGGAACAGGAACUAAAACGAAGGGAAGAUGCUAUAGCCCGAGCUGGUAUAGUUAUAGAGGACAAAAAUUGGCCACCUUUUUUCCCUAUCAUUCAUCAUGACAUUGCGAAGGAAAUACCAAUACAUCUCCAGAAGGUUCAGUAUGUUGCAUUCACAACUUUUUAGGUAUGUUUUAGUUUGGUUCUGUGCCUUACAUGGAAUAUUCUGGCAGUUACUACUGCUUGGAUCAAAGGGGAAGGUCCUACGAUAUGGUUUCUUGCUAUUAUCUACUUUAUUUCAGGUGUACCAGGAGGCUAUGUGUUGUGGUAUCGCCCCCUUUAUCGGGCAAUGAGGACUGACAGUGCUAUGAAGUUUGGCUGGUUUUUCUUGUUUUACCUGUUGCACAUUGGCUUUUGCAUAUUCGCUUCAGUUGCUCCACCGAUUAUCUUCAAAGGAAAAUCUCUCACAGGUAUCUUGCCCGCAAUAGAUUUGCUGGAUGACCACGCACUGGUUGGGAUAUUCUACUUUAUUGGGUUUGGGUUAUUCUGCCUUGAGUCUCUGCUGAGCGUCUGGGUUAUUCAGCAAGUAUACAUGUACUUCCGUGGUAGCGGCAAGGCUGCAGAGAUGAAGCGCCAAGCUGCGAGGAGCACCAUGAUGGCAGCUCUAUGACGUGACUCAGAAGGUGGACGGAGCACUUGGCUUCUUGCUGACUGCCAUCAAAAAAUUGAUUUCUCUCAGUUGCCAAUGCCUUCCACUCUUUGCGGCUUGCUUAUUUUCACAGGUUUUGGGCUGGAGGAUUAUUGAGUCAUGCUCAUACCAGAUGAUUUAGAUAGAAAACCUCGUUGUGCAUAUGCAAACAAGGAUGAGAUGCGCCCUUGAUAUAAUAUUGUUUGGCGAACGGAAUAUUACUUUACUUUCCUUCUUUAUAGUAUACUUUUUUUAUCAGCCAAAAAUAGUUUGUUUUCAAA